AUCAUUAUAGAAUUUAAAAAAAUAAAAAUUAAAAUUAAGUGACUAGAUAAAUAUAAACUCCAUAACAAAUCAAAGUAGUUUUUUUUAGGAAAAUCAAAGUAGUUAAUUAAAUAGUACAAACAAAUAAUAAAAUACUAGUAGGAAAUACAACCUACCAAAAAUAAAACCUACCAAAAAGAUAGGUGUGUAAAACAAAUCAAUUUGUUAUCAAAUACUAGUAGGAAACAAUCAUCAACAAAUAAUCAACCAAUAUAUGUCAAAAAAAAAAUAACCAUAUUAUUCGUAUAUAAAGAUUCUAGUAAAUCUUUUUUGCUAUCUUUUUUCAACAAAAAAAACAAUCUUUUAUUUUUUUUACCCCUCUUGAUACUCUUUCUAAAACCCUAAUCACUCGGAUCUUCUUUAAACCCUCUAUAAAUAUUUCUCCCCCUUUCUUUUCUUCCUUCUAUUUCUCUCUCUAACAAAUAAUUUUUUCUUAGAGUUUUCUCUCUCAAUCAAUUCAAUGGACCGUCAAUGGCGUCCUUCUUUCUCUUCCAACCCUCCAUCUCCCCCUUCUCCUUCACACCACCUCCCUUCACCAUCCUUGCAAGAUCAAUUCUCUCGGCUUUCGCUAUCAGGUUCCGAUUCCGCUUCCCAAUUCCCGAACCUCCCUCGCCCUAACAACAAUGAUUCAUAUCAUCAUGAUCUCGAGUAUCAGUUGAAUAGAAUGCGACAACUUAUUUUCGCUGCUGCUAAUCAAGAAGUCGUCCCUGCUCCGUACUACCCGAAGCUCAUCAACAACACUGUCUCCGAUUCUUUGUCAGGUUCGGGUUCAGGUUCAGGUUUAGGUUCGGGUUACGUUCCUCCUUUUGAUUAUUUCGCAAUGAUGCCUCAAAAUGAGAUUCAGCCCGUCCUUGGUAACAAUUAUAGUAAUAACAAUAAUUACUAUAAUAAUCCUGACUUUUUGACGCUUUUUUUGUACAACGCUUUCCAACAAAAUAAUAAUAAUAAUAAUAAUAAUAAUAAUAAUAAUAAUAAUAAUAGUUAUCAUCAUCGUCGUAACAAUGUUAAUUACAACAAUAAUUAUUAUCCAAGGAGGAACUCGAGGGCCACAACGACAGCAACAACGAUAACAGUCCCUCGAACACGAGGGUUUGUUCCGUCGAUGAUGUCAUGGGAAGAAAUCAAGGGAAAUGUUCUGAAAUACGCGACUGAAAAAGAAUAUAGUCUGAUGAUGAUUAAUAAGUUCGAGUUAGGGCAUAUGGAAGGAUUAAAGAUGGUAAUUUCCGAGAUUAAGGAGGGUUUAUCUUUAAUCUUGAUGAAUUCUUGUGGUAAUGAAUUCUUUCAUAAGCUAUUGGAUAUACUUGAUCAUCAAGACAUCGUCGAUAUUCUUAAGGCUCUUGUUGCUAAUCAACAUGAAUUUCUUCGCAUUUGCCUUGAUAAUAUUGGGACUAGGGGAGUCCAGAAACUACUGAGUUGCUUGGAUUCGGAUAGUCUCGAAGAGAAGGCGGUCGUUAUGAAUGCAAUUAGGGGAAGUGUGGUGGCUCUAGCAAAGAAUAUGAAUGGGUUUCAUGUCUUGAAAGCUUUGACAAAAGUUUAUGAAAUCACCGGGGUAAUUAAUUUCUUUAUUCUCAUUGUUAUUAAAUUUGCAUUUUUGUUACCAAAAAAAGUGUGUAAUUGUUACUUGGCAUUAAUUUCACUGCAUAUUUGUUUUUUUAGUUUAGCGUGUUACUGUACAUUCUUUUUGUAAAUUAGUUUUGCGUGUUAUUGUUAUUCGCAUUGACAUAAAGAUUAAAUCGUUAUACGGAGUAUAAUUUCGUGUAUAUGAUUUGUCGUGUCUAAUUUUUAAUUUUGUUUUUCUUAAACGGGUGUAUGGUCUAAAUGUUAUGUAUCCGAUUCAUGCGUGAAUUUUUAUUUUUAUUAACUUUAAAAUUAAAGUGUCUUUGAUGUUGGCCCUGUUUGGUUUUCAAGGGUGGAAAAUUCCUUAAUGAGGAAAACAUUUUCCUUUUAAAAAUAAGGGAAGCCACAUUUUCCUCCCUCCUUACCUCUUUUUUUACUUCCCUUUC